AGGAGAUAUUCAAUUUCGACUUUGUUCAAACGAAGAAGAGAAAAUGAGCGGACGCGGCAAAGGAGGCAAGGGACUCGGGAAAGGAGGCGCCAAGCGUCACCGCAAAGUUCUCCGCGACAACAUCCAGGGAAUCACCAAACCCGCCAUCCGCCGUCUGGCUCGCCGCGGCGGAGUGAAGCGUAUCUCCGGCCUGAUCUACGAGGAGACCCGCGGCGUGCUCAAGGUUUUCCUGGAGAACGUGAUCCGCGACGCCGUCACCUACACCGAGCACGCCAAGAGGAAGACGGUGACCGCCAUGGACGUGGUGUACGCGCUCAAGAGGCAGGGCCGCACCCUGUACGGCUUCGGAGGCUAAACCCUCUGGUCUCGACCCACUGAACCCCAAAUACAUCCGGACCCAAAGGCUCUUUUAAGAGCCGCACACAGUCAAUGAAGAGCUCCACUUCCAUUUACUUGCUUCUUAUAUGUAAAACGAACAAGUGAAGACAACUGGCUCAUCAAAUAAAUCUCCUUGAACUGUA